AUGUCACGGCCUCCGCCGCCAUCGCCGUCAGUGUCUUCUGGCGUUCUCGGCAUCAAGACUUACCAAUAUACCCCGCUUCGUGAAAUGGAGUUCAGAUUAGUCAGGAUCCUACCUGCCAGAAGCUCGAAGAUCAAAUGCGAAAUAGUUCACGCUUCCAUCGAGAAUCCUCCCGAUUUUGUUGCCAUAUCCUACGCCUGGGGAGAUGCAGACGAUACGCGGAAACUCAUACUCGAGGGCGCUAUUGUUCCUGUCUCCAUGAGUCUACAUGGGGCGUUAGAGGCUCUUCGUGAAAAGAAAGAGGACGUGCUUGUAUGGGCAGACGCCCUUUGCAUCGACCAGCAGAAUCGCGAUGAGCGAACUCAACAAGUACAGCUGAUGACGAGCAUCUAUACCCAAGCAACGCACGUGGCUAUAUGGUUGGGGUCAGAAGCGGACAACAGCAACGUGGCCGUUGAUUUACUGCAAGACGUGGCAAACAAUGCUCAGGUAUCGCACUAUGUCAGUGAUCUGAUAAAACUAAGCAGGGAUGGGCCUGGUUUUCCUGCUGUCAUUGCGUUAUUUGAACGUGACUACUGGAGGCGGCUCUGGGUGGUCCAAGAAGUCUUCAAUGCAAAGGAGAUCUGGGUUUACUGCGGGUCAUCUAAGUUACACUGGGACGUUUACAGGGUGGCAUCAAACGUCUUUUGGGACCACAAAGCCAACUUCGAUCUUACAUUUCCGGGAAGCCACAACCACGGCAACGGCCAAAGAUCCUCGCAGAAUCAGUUCACAUACUCCCAGGUUUUGGCGUAUCAAGGCCCCAGCAGCAUACCAGAUUUCAGCUCUAUGACCAGCCUCGGGGAAGACUCCUUGCUUGAGGUUAUGCGUGCUUGUAGGCGAAAGCUCAGUGCGGAUGCUCGAGACAAGGUCUUUGGAAUACUCGGCUUGCUGCCUGAGGACAUACGCAACGAAUUUCCGGUCGACUACAACCUCUCAGUCAAAGAGGUUUACAUCAACGUUGUCGACCACCUCCUCCACUCGACCGAACGGCUAGAUGUCAUCUGCGAAUCUAUUCACUUCCCUCUCCACACUAGCUCCGCAAAUCUACCCUCCUGGGCCCCGGAUUGGUCUCAUGUCCCUGAAACUGCAUCCCUUGGACGUUCUUUCGCUUUCUCAGCCUCUGGCGAGACCGAUGCCAAGUACAAGUUCUUGGAUGAGAGACGGAGAGAGCUCGAAAUCUCUGCUGUAUAUCUCGACACCAUUAGUGUGCACGGCAUCUCAGUGGGAACUCUUUGCACACUGGCCGACUACCUGAUGGCAUUCGUACACUGGAGGGCUUUGCUUCUGGGAAGUCAGGAACGAUGGAACCUCGGAAAUCAAGAAGCGUUCUGCCGGACCUUGUGUCUUGACCAGGUACCUCAAGCCUUCGCGGAGUCACCAAAGUGGCUGACGGCCUGCUACCACGUCUUCUCAUCGCUGUUGCGCGAACGCCUUCCACGAAUGCCACUUGACGAAGAGAUCCAACGCUAUGUGGCCCCUCAAGAACCGGUCCAUAUCGAACCGAAAGCUCGUCGGCAGUUCCUACAAGAGCACUUUGGCGCACGAAUGAUGGGACGAUGCUUUUGUCUUACUGAAAAUGGUCGCAUGGGGAUGGGAUCUGGCUUCAUGGCGGCCGGUGACGUGGUUGUCGUGCCGCUGGGGUGCAGUACACCGAUCUUAAUACGUCCGGAGGGCCCGCGUGGUCGGUAUCGCUUCGUGGGCGAUGUUUACAUCCACGGUUACAUGUAUGGGGAAGCGAUGAAGGGUGGGCUGAAAGACUUGCAAAAGUAUGUGCUUCAUUGA